UUGUGACUCACACUUCCUGCAGACAUCCAGGGUUGUGAAGUUUUUUCCCCCUACGGUUCCCGUUUGAGGAGGGUUUACGCCUGGUUUACUAAGGGAAGAAAUCAAAGAUGGAGGAUCUGCGACGAGUAAUGAGAUUGCACACCAUCGCCGAGGAGGGCCACACCUCAAACAACGGGGGGAGAAUGAAUGGACAAAACUCGAGAAAUCCGAGCAGCCAGAAUGGACCGCCGACUAGCAAGGGCAACCGCAUGGACAUCCCUACACUCCGUAUCCAAUCAGAGACUCCAGUUCCCCCAGCAUGCAACACACCGGGCCCGCCACAAACAAGCACACGUGCUGGUGAAAAGGGACUACAUUUUCCUGCACUCAGCUCCUCACGCUCUUUAGUGAAUGCAGGUAAACCCACACCUCGCCAAAAUGGAUUUGAACAGAAGUCAAUAUUUCCUACGCCACGCACAAACGGGACCCAGCACGGCCAUUCAGUCAGCCACAGUGGCACCUUCAACAGGUCCCACAAAUCAGAUGCUUUUGGGUAUGGCCCACAAUGCAUCCCACUGGGUCCAGGCCGGUCAGCCAUACCCAGCUUCGGGCAUAAUAUACGCCAUGCGGCUCUCAACAAGGGAGGUAAUAACUUGAACCUGCCGAACCAUCAGCUUCAAACAUCCACGCCUACGCCAAGCGAGGUGUCCAGCAUCAGAUCCAACAUGAGUCCGCGCCACAGCGUCAACACGCCGUCUCUCUCAAUUGUGUCCAAUGACAGGAACUCACUGUCCACGCCAGGCGGGUUCAGUAACAAUGGCGAUAAACAUGUGUUUCUGGAGCCGCUCCCCAAACAACAGGACUGGUGCCAUUACAAGACCCUUCCCAGUGUGUCUGCUAGCGGGACGGGGUCGGUGGCAGGGAGCGACAUGGAUAACUAUCAUCCACCAGGGAGCGCCACCUCACAGUACCCUUGCAACAGCAGCAACUUGUCCCCAUACCAAGUCGACAUGUCGCCAUCACUGUCAACGUUCACAAGUCCACGUAAUUCAGCCAACAUCCAUGGUCGUGCAUCACAGAAACGUGCUCUUUCAAUAUCACCAUCUUUCUCAGAUGGCUUGGACCUUAACCAAAUCAUCCGUAUUUCGCCUACAUCCUUGGUGACCAUCUUGAAUGGCUCCCGGGGAUCAUCAACAAGUGUCUCGCCUCAACCUGGCAUGAUGCCUGGCUCGUUUUGCCACAUGUAUGCCCGGAACAGCCCUUUCUCAGGGUCCAGCGGCAACAGGCUGCAUGGAUUCACACCUCAGAGUUCGGUUUCCAAUGGAAUUAAACAGGAAAAUACAGACUUUUUCAGUAUGGGACCGUCUGAGAGCCAUGGCUUCCACGACUUGAUGACCAACCAGUAUGUGGCACCUCAGGAUCAGAUUCCCUACAUAGAGCAGUGUGCUCUGUUCAACAUGCAGACGAAUCAGAGUCUACAGAGCAACAUCCAGUCGCAGCAGGGCAUGGCCAACUCACAACACAUGCAGCAGGGGCAGCCAUUCAACACCAUGGACACCAACAUCUCUACUGGCAUGAAUGGUGGUUUGAACAAUGGUAUGACCAAUGGAGGAAUGAACAGUGUGUUGAACAAUGGCGGUAUGAACAAUGGUAUGACCAAUAGUGGUAUGAAUAAUGGUGGGAUGAACAACGGUGUGAACAAUGGGAUGAGUAGUGGUUUGAACAAUGGUAUGAACAGUGGUAUGCACAAUGGAAUGAACACUAUGAACCCCAUGAACAAUGGUAUGAACAAUGGUAUGAACACUGGUAUGAACAAUGUAGUACCGAUCCGACCACCACCUCCUUAUGACCAGGCUGUGGAGCAACAGCAGCAACAGCCACAGCAGAACAUGUACCUCCAUAAUCCACAAUCUCAAGGUCAAGGUCAGACAAGCAAGUCUGAAGAGUAUGACGAAGAAAACGAUGAGCGGCAGCAAGUAUGUCGCUGGAUCGACUGUAACCAACAAUUCAGUGAACAGGACGAACUAGUGCGCCAUAUUGAGAAGGCCCAUAUUGACCAACGCAAGGGCGAGGAUUUCACAUGUUUCUGGGCGGGAUGUCAGAGGAGAUACCGGCCAUUUAAUGCCCGGUACAAGCUCCUGAUCCACAUGCGAGUACACUCAGGAGAGAAGCCCAACAAGUGCACGUUCGAGGGCUGUAACAAAGCAUUCUCUCGCCUCGAGAACUUGAAGAUACAUCUGAGAUCGCACACAGGGGAACGUCCAUACCUCUGCCAACACUCCGGCUGUACGAAGGCCUUCAGCAACUCCUCCGACCGCGCCAAACAUCAGCGUACACAUCUUGACACGAAACCAUACGCCUGUCAGUACCCAGCCUGCAACAAGCGGUACACGGACCCCAGCUCGCUCCGCAAACAUGUCAAGAAUCACAGUCAAAAGGACCAGCAACAGCAGCAGAAGAAGAAGCUGAAGAAGGAGGCAGAGAUGCCACCACCCGACCUCCUGAAUGACUGCCUUUCCAUCCAGCCACUGCGACCAGAGGGCUCUCCCAUGGAGCACACAGACAGCGGGCUCGGACGCUCCCCCCACGCAUCCAUGCCAGGCACCGCAUCAGACAUGUACCCAAGCAUCAGCUUCUCCAGCACACAUUCCAGUCGCUGCGGUACUGCCACGGGCGUCAGCAACCACCAGUCCCCCGUCAGCAUGCAAGGCAGUCCCAUGAACACCGGCACUCUCAGCGUGGUCAAUGAGGAGGACAGCAUGGGUGGCUACUCUCCUGGCCCCUCCCAGGGCAUGCUGAGUCCCCGGCCACUCCCACCCAUCAGCCGACACGCCCCCAACAUGCUGAACAAUAUGCAACCCAACCCCUACCCUGCCACAUCCUACCAGGGCUACCCCCCAUCCGGGGGCAUGCAGGACAUGCCCAACCAGAGCGGGUACCCUCAGUACACUCAGCGGUUGCCGUUCGCCGGCGCCAACGCCUUCACCAACAUCAACAGCUGCCGCAUGGGAGCCAUGCAGUCACAGCAUGUGUCCCUCCAGAACUUCACCGAGGAGCAGUUUGCCAACAUGCCUGUGGACAUGCAGAAGGCAUUUGUCAGCCAACAGGGAUAUGGUGACCAACAGAUGCCAACCGGAUUUGAACAGUUCAGCAUGGCUGGGCCGGAGGAGGCCAAUAUGCAACAGUUCCUGCAGCUGUCGGCCGUGGACCGCUGCAACAGUCGACUCUCCGCAGUAUACGCAGCUGAUGGUUCCACCUAGCAUCCUCCAUCCUGUCACCAUGACGACACACGGCCUCAUUACCUGCUCCACCAUUGGUUGGCAUGUGACAAGCUUGGACAAUCUUUUUAUGUACUGGAUUGAUUGGCAGGGACGUAUUAUCAUUCUUAUGGUAAUACUUGUUCUGGUUUUACACGCCUGAUGUUUGUACACGUCAAGAGGAUGCUGUUUCUACGGGAGAAGGGUACCGUAAUUACACAUCAAACGGACAUUUUUUACACGUCAGAUAAACAUGGUACUACGCACUCAGGUGUCGUGACUACAGCGCUUCAUACCAAGCUGGGAAUAUGUCUGUCAGCAUUUAGAAAACGAACACUACAGAAUUGUGAUAUUCAGUGACAGAACGUAGCCGUCCAUUUUAAUGAAGUCCCAAGAUGGCAGCGUAGUUUGUGGACAUUCUGCUUUAUGGCAUCCUGUUUUUUAUCAUUUGUUGCUGGGAAUAUAGUGCCCAGCUUGUAUUGUAUAUAUGUGUAUAUUCCUUGUGUUGUGAAAUGCUGUAUCACUUAUCAUCAACAUUAUCAUGCCGAAAGGGCAACUGCCCUGUACAGAAGUCAUCAGGUGUUUCCCUUGCUGAAAAUGAGGCCAAAAUUGGAAUUAUCUGGUAAGAAUCAAAGUGAGACUGUGAUGCUAUAUUCUUACCACUUGCUAUAUUUGACCUGGUCAGGACUUAGUAGCCAGGUGAUCACAUCACCUUGCUAUCUCCACACCAUUCUUGUAGAGGCUGGAGGAUGGUCAAUAACUUCUCAUCUCUGUCACCCUGUAUCUUACAAUCUUGCAUAUAUACUAUAUAUCAGUUAGGAGAUAGUGUUAAUAAUUCAGGUUUCAGUCUUGAGUUCUUGUUUCAUGUCUUUGUUACACACAGUGUAAAGUUUGUGUUAUUCUUGAAGCCUUAUGCAGAUGAACAUUGGUUAUUUCUAAUCAAUGUCGGUUAUGACUGUAGGAUCUCCGUCCAGAGCCGUCCACGUUUGAAAUACAUAUUGUCACUUUUAGAUAUGUUUACAUGUUUUCCAAAGGUUUCAGGUUUCAUCAAAUGACAGCUAGUCUCAUGGCUGCAUCUUCAUAUCAUCCUGUUGAUCUCUGAGGAGGUAUAUAUGUCUUCUAGAUGCUUUAACUGCUUCGUUUGCAAGUCAGAAGAAGUUUUUCCGUCCCUGUUUUAAUCACAUGUACUUGUCUUUCAACAUAACUGUGAAAUAUCUUCACCUGUUUCAUAAACAAAUAUCCUAUUUGUUACUAGUGGUAAUGGAUAUAGUAUUAAUGAGGGUAUUAGGCGACUUUGUGUACAGAGAAGUUGUACCAACUGUUAACAUGUUGCUAGGGAGAAAAUAGUUGAUGAUGUUGGUCCAAACUGUUAACAUGUUGCUAGGGAGAAAGAAGUUGAUGAUGUUGGUCCAAACUGUUAACAUGUUGCUAGGGAGAAAAUAGUUGUCAGAUGUUGGUACCAACUGUUAACAUGUUGCUAGGGAGAAAAUAGUUGUCAGAUGUUGGUCCAAACUGUUAACAUGUUGCUAGGGAGAAAGUAGUUGAUGAUGUUGGUCCAAACUGUUAACAUGUUGCUAGGGAGAAAAUAGUUGUCAGAUGUUGGUACCAACUUUUAACAUGUUGCUUGGGAGAAAAUAGUUGUCAGAUGGUGGUACAAACUGUUAACAUGUUGCUAGGGAGAAAAUAGUUGUCAGAUGUUGGUCCAAACUGUUAACAUGUUGCUAGGGAGAAAAUAGUUGUCAAAUGUUGGUCCAAACUGUUAACAUGUUGCUAGGGAAGUAUUAGUGGAGAGAUGUUGGUUCUAAACGUUGCUUGGGAAGUAUGAGUGAGGAUUUGUUCUAGAUAUAUGGGUGACUGCCAUGUUUGAGACAAUCUAGAAAAUUCUUUGUUGGUCAGAGAUGUGAAAGUGCAAGAGGAGGUUAGCUUGUACCAAGUAAAUAUAACUAGUUUUGUCAAGAUUUAACUACUGUCAUUUUCUGUGACACCACUGCGAAAAGGUUGGUAGACACAUGGCGGGAGAUACACUCAUUGCUGAACUUUCAAAGACUGGAUAUUAUUAUGUCUAAGUCACCUACGCAGAAUUAUGUUUUUUUAAGCUUGUUGACAUUUUAAUCUGUUAAAUGGUGUGAACUUUUGAAUUUAAUCAUCUUUCAAACAGCCAAAUUUAACUCAUCAGGAAAUUUGAGUAAACUUGUUUGCUUCACACAAACCACAUAGAAGUCGAGCAAACAAGUGCUUAAACUCGAGCUGUUUCUCUUCAUUAUCAAACCUACAUUGGAAGAUGUCAUGUGAACAGAAUGGCAGUGUUGUCUCCUACUCUUCACCCAUUGUUCGUCUACAGGGUGUUCACUGUCCCAACACAAUCAGGACAUCCUCCCACAUCCUGCCGUAUCAGAGCCAGGUUUUCUGCCUUCAGUUUAUGGACCAGAAAAAUGUCGUGGGAUGAAAGUUGAACAUCACUCCUUAACAUUACACUUUAACAUUGUGAUCUUCUCAAACAUACACAUGAUGAGACUAAGAUGCCUGGAUUGUCACCAGAUCACUGCUAACUCGUAUAAUCAUCCUCAUUGUGAUUUUUUGCUAACAUUUUUUAAAACAGCCACUUUAUCACUGGUGAUGAUUUUGGUGGCGAAUCCUGUCCAAGUUCCACUGUUGAAAUCUGCAGGUCAGAGAAGCGCCCUCAUCCAUCCUUGGUUAAACCUCCCCCUCAUCCACCUUGUUACCCUCCUCCCAUGUGUGUAAAUAAUUGAGGAAAAUACACAUGUAGGAAUAUUGUCAUUAUUUAUCAGCAAUAACAUAAAUAAUGUGCCAUAAUUCACCCUUAAACACAUCGUUCCAAUUCAUAGUGUGAUUAUAAUAAUGGAGAAAUCUUCAUAAACAUGGUUAAGGUGUGUUUCAGUUGUAGAAAUGUCAUCGUUUCAUUGCCAUAGUAACUAGUGUGAUUCUGACAUUUCAUAUUUAAUAUUAUUUUGUGUAAAAGAUAGAAACACAUUUAUUACAUAGACAAAGCGGAGGUUUAUGUGCCCGUAACCAGAAAGCAUUAUAGAAUAUCCAGAUGGCAAUUCCGUCCUCUCACUUUGUUAUUUUGUUGGCAGGUACAUAAUAUAUGCAAAUUUAUGCAUGCUGAAGAGAUAUUUUUUGGAUUUGUUUAUUAUGUUUAGAGAAAAACAUAGUAUUUUAUAUCCAUGUUAUUCAUGCUAUAUUGUGAGCAGCAUCAGUGACCUGAUAACUUGAGCUUGUUGUACUAAAGUCCCAUUAGGAGAAAGCAUGUAGGCAGUAUUGAAGUCAUCUCAUGCCACUGUAUAUAUGGUUGUGAUAUAUAUCAAGUAUUUCCCUUGUAUCCUGUGUUUUAUAUUGUUGCUAGUGGCAUCCCUCCAUCCAUGUAACAUAUACAUUGUUGAUAGAUCCAGUGUCACAUGGGGUGUAUUCACAUUGUUGACAUAUCCAUGUAUUACAUGAGUUGUAUUCACAUUGUUAACAUGUCCAUAUAUUACAUGGGGUCUAUUCACAUUGUUGACGUGUCCAUGUAUUACUUGAGUUGUAUUCACAUUGUUGACACAUCCAUAUAUUACAUGGGUCUAUUCACAUUGUUGACGUGUCCAUGUAUUACAUGUGUUGUAUUCACAUUGUUGACAUAUCCAUGUAUUACAUGGGGUCUAUUCACAUUGUUGAUGUGUCCAUAUAUUACAUGGGGUCUAUUCACAUUGUUGACACAUCCAUGUAUUACAUGGGGUCUAUUCACAUUGUUGACGUGUCCAUAUAUUACAUGGGGUCUAUUCACAUUGUUGACACAUCCAUGUAUUACAUGGGGUCUAUUCACAUUGUUGACGUGUCCAUAUAUUACAUGGGGUCUAUUCACAUUGUUGACAUAUCCAUGUAUUACAUGGGGUCUGUUCACAUUGUUGACAUGUCCAUGUUUUACAUGGGGUGUAUUCACGUUGUUAAUACAUCCACAUAUUACUCAUGAUAUGCAUUCAUAUUUCCAUGCCUACACAUUCAUAAUGCCAUAUACAUGUAUCAUUCCUAAUGCACUGUGUUGAUGUUUAAAAAAAUGUAUUCAAUUGUGAAGAAUCAGAGAAAUGAUGAGUUUAAACUGAGCAAUUUUUUAAAAUAUUUACAAAGCAUUUUAUGAAGGAUCCCGGUUAUCAGAAUUUUGAGAUUCUUCCAUUGUCUUUCUUUAAGGGAAAUAUUUAAACAAUUUUCCUUACAUAUUAAGACAUUGCUGAAUUAUCCACACUUAUAAACAUCAUUUCUUUGGUUGCUGAUGCCGUCCAAGAGUUUUGCAAUAUUAACCCCGUGAUGUUGUCGCUUGUUCGUCCUCAUAGUCAAUGCCCUGUACCGUGUCUUGAGUUUCAGUAUUGAAUAUCAGUGUCCACAUAUAUAUGCUUAACAGUUAACUACUGCAAGAAUCAUUAACUCUUUAUUUUGAUGAUUUCAAGUUCCAGACAUUCUGUUAUUAACAAUAUUGCUUUGUUAAGGACUAUUUAUAGAAUAUAUGUGUUCUCAGAACUCUUUUCAAUGACAUUUGUAAAUUUCUUCAAGAAUUUAUUUAUUCAUAUUAUCAUUCAAGUCCUUUUAAUCAUACUUAGGUAUUGAGUGAGUGAAUGAGUAUGGUUUUACGCCGCUUUUAGCAAUAUUCCAGCAAUAUCACGGCAAUAUCACACCAGAAAUUGGCUUCACACAUUGUACCCAUUUGGGGAAUCGAACAAGGGUCUUUGGUGUGACGACAAACGCUUUAACCACUAGACUAUCCCACUGCCCCUACUUAGGUAUCGAGGUACAUUCUCAUAGCUAUGACAAAUGUCAGUAAAGUUUUAAAUGGUAGAUAAGCAAAGUUUCUACCCAGAUGUGUAGGCGACAGUAGGCAGUGGUUGGGUGUGUCUCCAGUGUAAGACACUUCACACACACUUCACACAGCCAGGCCAGUCACACAUCAGGGGAAGCAACUCUGUGCUUCUUAACACAUAUAGAACACACAUGCUGACAUCAAUUGGAUUUCCCUUUGAAACAAAGCCAGUGAAAGAUAAAGUAUCAAGGACAAAUAUAUUCCAUUUUUGUAAUGCCAUAGAUGUUUCAGCAAUCAAACAUGAAUUCAUGUUGUACAGGAUUUCAUGGGCUGAAGUUGAAUCAUAGGCUGUUGUGUGAUAUAUAGAGAAAAAGGUUUCCAAUGGUAACGGUCACCAUGGAAGCACUUACUCAGCAUUGCCGAUUUCAUUUCAUGUGUUUCAAAGUCUAGGUGAGAGUCUAGAUAUCAUCUUUUACAGAAAUAUUCCCAUAUGUUGGUGGUCAUUGCUAAUGUGUGUGUUACGGUGUGGUUAUACACCAGGUAUUGGGGGGAUAUAUAGCUCUUUGCAGUGAAUACGACACAGUCCAAGCAGGCCUACCCUUGGAUGCCACGAUAUCAUGUCUUGCAUUGUACUGGCUUGUCCCCAGCCCGGUAGCGGAAAGUGCUCUUUUCAGUAGCUUCAUCACAGUGCUAUGUUUAGUAUUUCAUUUUGUUGUCCGAUUUGUUUAUUUUAUGCUGUACAUUCCAAAGAUAGACAUUUUCUUUUAGAGAUUUUUUAGCUUUUGGCUAUUUGUUUCUAACAAUUGUUUUAGAAACGGAACUUUUUCUGCUGUAAAUUUACUUGAUUUGAAAACAAAGCAUUAUUGUAUUGUGUCUAACAGAUGGAUGCUGUUGUUACAUCGUUUCUUCACUCAUUUGUUAAGGUAUGUUGUAUAUAAUAGCCUUGUGAGCUCAUCAACAUUUGUAUACAACUAUGCCUACUCCCAAGGUUAGUCAUGUUGCCAUGGAUAACAGAUCUUCUCAACAACACAAAUAUUUGGACAUUCUGUGAACUACUUUAAAAUGCUUUAUAGUGUUAUCAUUAUUAUUUUACAACAAUUUUAUAGUAUUAUAAGACAACCUCACAAUGCUUUAUGAUCAUGAGACGGACUCUAGCUGAGGAAGAUGAAAUGGAUUUGUUGAAAGAGGGAAAAAAUUCUAAUAUUUAUGGGCCAUUGAUAUUUUGGCUUAAGAUCACUGGAAUGCCGAAAGAUUAAAAUGUGCUCAAAAGUUGGACAAUUACCCUACCAAACAUCUAGGAUUCUCAUUAAAAUCUACAUUGUGACAUUGGUGACCCUAGUAGUCAAGACAUCUAAAACAGAAAUAAUGUAUAGGUGAUAAUAUAGCCAAAGUAGACACAAUCUAUGGAUAACAACUUCUUUAGUACUGUAAAGGUGACGUUUCGGUACAGAUCCUUAUACCAUUGUCCAGUCUUGCUUGACAAGGAUCUAUACCGAAACGUCACCUUUACAGUAUUCAAGAAGUUGUUAUCCAUAAAUUGUGUCUACUUUGUCAUCCGUCAUCUAAGUUAUGCCUAUCAAACAAUUCAAUAAUAUAGCCAAUGAUAUGUCCACGGAAAUAGGAGAGGAUGCAUUUGGCUAAUGGAAUGUGUUGUUAUGCAUCUGUGUUCUCACUACGAGUGGAGCUGUGGUUACUAUGAAUGCUGCUAAUCCAAGGGAAGAGACGGAAUGGCAUGUUUGUUGUACAGUUAUACAUUCAGUAGUUGUAUUUAAAUAGAGCUCUUCAAAUGCUGUGAUCACUGUUGGAAAUCAAAAAUAAUUCAAGUGAUACAUUAUUCCAAAAUGUUUAUUGUUAUGUUUGUUGUUCCCAGAUAUUUUGAAGUAUAGUGCUCAGAAAGUUACUUUACGUGUAAUCAAAAAUAAGAUGUGAAAAAUAAUCCUCAAAUGUUUUGUGCUAUUACAAAUUGUUGUGAUUAUUUCUGCUCACUGACUGUCCAUGUCUAGGUCAUAUUGGUGAUAUUUUUGUACAAAUUACUUGUAAAUUUAAUACGCAAAGUGUAAACUGGCUGUGUGCUGUUGCCAUGGUUACAGUGUACGUGUCAGAGGUGAUAAUUUGGUAGCACAGGACCGACUGACAGAAAGAUGGAUGGAGAGAAGGCGAAGCUUGCUUAAAGAAGUGCCUUAUUCAGACUGGAGUAACCAUGGGGACAGCCACCCCAACUUAUGGUCCCUCUGGAGAAGGCCACGCCUGGCACCGAACAAGUUCUUGUGGCAUUUUAGGGCAUGGUCAACACUAGUAUUGGUCCAUAGUGCUUUUAGCAUUACAGGGCAUGGUUGACAGUAGAGUUGGUCCCUAUAGUGCUUUUAGCAUUACAGGGUAAAGUUGACAUCCAUGUUGGCCCAUUUGGUGCUUUAAGCAUUACAGGGCAAGGUCAACACUAGUAUUGUCCAGGUUGUGCUUUAGGCAUUACUGGGAAUGGUUGACAUCUGUUGGCCCAUUUGGUGCUUUAAGCAUUUCAGGGCAAGGUCAACACUAGUAUUGUCCAGGUUGUGCUUUAGGCAUUACUGGGAAUGGUUGACAUCUGUUGGCCCAUUUGGUGCUUUAAGCAUUACAGGGCAAGGUCAACACUAGUAUUGUCCAGGUUGUGCUUUAGGCAUUACUGGGAAUGGUUGACUUCCGUGUUUGUCCCUAGUGCUUUUAGCAUUACAGGGCAUGGCUGAUGUUCUUGUUGGUCCCUAUAAUAGUGUUGGGUGUGGCCGCCAGCAGCGUAGUCCCUAUGGUAUCAUUGGGCAAGGCCACCAUCAAUGUUGGUCCCUAUUGCAUUGUUGGUCAUUAAAUGUCUGUGAUUCA